CAAAUAUAUUUGUCUAUUCAAUAAUAGGCAGCUCCGUUUCCUGUUUAGAUAUUCCUAUAAUAGAAUAUCUGAAAAAAUAAUCGAUCAACAAUACAGUGCCAACCUUAUCGUCGAGGCAGUAAUGUAAAGAAGUCAUUAAUUUCAAAGUAAACAGUAGGCAACCACUAAAACGGUAGUAAAGUAAUUUGCGUAUGUAUCAAUUACGACAGAGCAAGGUCUAGGGUUCAAGAUUACUAGAAUAAAUGAGCGGGCUAGAUGAAUCGAUAAGUAUUACGCGAGUUGCACCAAAAAAAAGUUUUUUCGACAUUAGUGCAAUCGGUACCAUCAUGAAGAUUUUUGUGCUUGGCUUGUUUGUGGUGGUGUUUUGUGCCAAUGUGGAGGGAAAAGUGUACACUAAGUGCGGAUUAACUAAUGAGUUGAUCACCCUGAAUUUUCCAAGAACUUUCAUUGGAAAUUGGGUUUGCUUGAUUGAAAGUGAGAGCGGCAAGAAUACAUCCAGGAUUACCAACAGGGCUAAUGGAAAGCAAGGAGUAGGACUUUUCCAGAUAAAAAGCAAAGACUGGUGCACUUUUGGCAAAAAAGGAGGUACUUGCAACGUAAAAUGUGAAGAUAUGCUAGAUGAAAAUAUUAAAGAUGAUGGCGUUUGUGCAGAGAAGGUCAAAAACGAAUUUGGAUUCUUAGCUUGGGAUGGCUGGAAGAGGAGCUGCAAGGGGAGAAAUCUUCCACUUCCGCCAUGUUAAGAAAAACUGUUGGACGCAUCGAUGUCUUCCGAUAUCUCGAAUUAUAUAAGACAGAUAAAAUGACUCUUCAAAGAGAUAAUUUUGGUUCCUAUAAAUAUUUUGACAAGAAUUUCCUUUGUUGCUUGAUCUCUGUGAGAUUGGAAAUUUAUAAUAAAACCAGUUCUUCCGAAAAAAUAAGGUUUUUAAAUGGUUGUGUUAUGGUUAUGCUCAUGGAAAUAUAUUUUGCAGAUG